CCCCCCCGGCCCCCCCCCGCCAUGGCCGAGCCCAGCACCGAGUGCAGCAUCAAGGUCCUGUGCCGGUUCCGGCCCCUCAACCAGGCGGAGAUCCUGCGGGGGGAUAAAUUCCUGCCCGUCUUCCAGGGCGACGACAGCGUGGUGGUGGGGGGCAAGCCCUAUGUCUUUGACCGCGUCUUCCCCCCCAACACCACCCAGGAGCAGGUCUACCACGCCUGUGCCAUGCAGAUCGUCAAGGACGUGCUGGCCGGGUACAACGGCACCAUCUUCGCCUACGGGCAGACGUCAUCAGGCAAGACCCACACCAUGGAGGGGAAGCUGCACGACCCCCAGCAGAUGGGCAUCAUCCCGCGCAUUGCCCAGGACAUCUUCAACCACAUCUACUCCAUGGACGAGAACCUCGAGUUCCACAUCAAGGUUUCUUACUUUGAAAUUUAUCUGGACAAGAUUCGGGACCUGCUGGACAUGACCAAGACCAACCUGUCGGUGCACGAGGACAAGAACCGGGUUCCCUACGUCAAGGGUUGCACCGAGCGCUUUGUCUCCAGCCCCGAGGAGAUCCUGGACGUGAUCGAUGAGGGGAAAUCCAACCGGCACGUGGCUGUCACCAACAUGAACGAGCACAGCUCCCGCAGCCACAGCAUCUUCCUCAUCAACAUCAAGCAGGAGAACGUGGAGACGGAGCAGAAGCUCAGCGGGAAGCUCUACCUGGUCGACCUGGCCGGGAGCGAGAAGGUCAGCAAGACGGGGGCUGAGGGGGCCGUGCUGGAUGAGGCCAAGAACAUCAACAAGUCACUGUCGGCGCUGGGCAAUGUCAUCUCAGCCCUGGCCGAGGGCACGAAGGCCUACGUGCCCUACCGGGACAGCAAGAUGACGCGGAUCCUGCAGGACUCGCUGGGGGGGAACUGCCGCACCACCAUGUUCAUCUGCUGCUCCCCCUCCAGCUACAACGACGCCGAGACCAAGUCCACCCUCAUGUUCGGGCAGAGGGCCAAGACCAUCAAGAACACGGCGUCGGUGAACCUGGAGCUGACGGCGGAGCAGUGGAAGAAGAAGUACGAGAAGGAGAAGGAGAAGAACAAGGCGCUGAAGGAGACCGUCGGGAAGCUGGAGGCCGAGCUGAGCCGCUGGCGGAGCGGGGAGGCCGUACCCGAGACGGAGCAGCUGAGCGGGGCCGAGGCGGAGGCCGGGACGGGUGAGGGGACGGGGACGGGACCCGCUGGCGAGACCCCCCUCCUCAACGACAACAGCUCCUCCAUCGUCAUCCACAUCUCCGACGAGGAGCGCCGCAAGUACGAGGAGGAGAUCCGCAAGCUCUACAAGCAGCUGGAUGACAAGGACGAUGAGAUCAACCAGCAGAGCCAAAUCAUGGAGAAGCUCAAGCAACAGAUGCUGGAGCAGGAGGAGGUGCUGGCGGCAGCCCGGGGGGGUGGGGAGACAGCGCGGCGGGAGCUGGCGGCGCUGCGUGCGGAGCACGGGGCGGCCCGGGCCGAGGUGGCCGAGGUGCUGGCGGCACUGGAGGAGCUGGCACGCAGCUACGACCGCAAGGCGCAGGAGGCCGAGGACACCGGCCGCCACAACCGCCGGCUGGCCGACGAGCUGGCCCGCACCGAGGCGACGACGCUGUCGCUGGAGACGGAGCUGCAGCGGGUGCGGGAGCUCGGGGGGCAGCAGCGCAAGCGGGCGGCCGAGGUGCUCAACGGGCUGAUGAAGGACCUGAGCGAGUUCAGCCUCAUCGUGGGCAACGGCGAGAUCAAGCUGCCGGUGGAGGUGAGCGGGGCCAUCGAGGAGGAGUUCACCGUCGCUCGGCUCUACAUCAGCAAGAUCAAGUCGGAGGUGAAGUCGGUGGUGAAGCGGUGCCGGCAGCUGGAGAACCUGCAGGUGGAGUGCCACCGCAAGAUGGAGGUGACUGGGCGCGAGCUCUCCUCCUGCCAGCUCCUCAUCUCUCAGCACGAGGCGAAGAUCCGCUCGCUGACGGAGUACAUGCAGACGGUGGAGCUGAAGAAGCGGCACCUGGAGGAGUCCUACGAUGCCCUGAGCGAGGAGCUGGCGCGGCUGCAGGCCCAGGAGACGGCGCAGGGGGUGGCGCGGAAGGAGCGGGAGCAGGAUGCGACCCAGGACACCGACGAGGUCAAGAAGGCGCUGGAGCUGCAGCUGGAGAGCCAGCGCGAGGCGCAGCACAAGCAGUUGGCGCGGCUGCGGGACGAGGUCAACGAGCGGCAGAAAACCAUCGACGAGCUGCGGGAGUGA